AUGGUCCCACUCCUGGGGUUGAAUUGCAAGCAUUUGGUGUACCUAAAGCUAUUGUACCCAAGAAACUCUCUUCUGUCGGCUGUUGGGUUCAUCUCUGAGGUUGAAAACAUGGACACCUUCCUAUUCACCUCUGAAUCUGUGAAUGAGGGUCACCCCGACAAGCUCUGUGAUCAGAUAUCAGAUGCUGUGCUUGAUGCCUGCCUCGAACAGGAUCCUGAUAGCAAAGUUGCCUGUGAGACUUGUACCAAGACGAAUAUGGUAAUGGUCUUCGGUGAGAUCACAACCAAGGGAAAUAUAGACUAUGAGAAGAUUGUUCGUGACACCUGCCGUGACAUAGGAUUUACGUCUGAUGAUGUUGGGCUUGAUGCGGACAAGUGCAAGGUCCUAGUCAACAUUGAGCAACAGAGCCCUGAUAUUGCUCAAGGUGUCCACGGCCAUCUAACCAAGCGUCCCGAGGAGAUUGGUGCUGGCGAUCAGGGUCACAUGUUUGGCUAUGCCACUGAUGAGACCCCUGAGCUCAUGCCUCUCAGCCAUGUGCUUGCUACUAAACUAGGUGCCCGCCUCACUGAAGUCCGAAAGGAUGGUAAAUGUCCGUGGUUGAGACCUGAUGGAAAAACCCAGGUUACAGUCGAGUACUACAAUGACAAUGGUGCGAUGGUUCCAGUUAGGGUCCACACUGUUCUCAUCUCGACUCAGCAUGAUGAAACUGUUACUAAUGAUGAGAUUGCUAAGGACCUUAAGGAACAUGUCAUCAAACCUAUCAUCCCUGAGAAGUACCUCGAUGAAAAGACAAUCUUCCAUCUGAACCCGUCUGGCAGCUUGGACUUGAAGAGGGGUGGCAAUGGAAGGUUCUUGAAAACCGCUGCAUAUGGCCACUUCGGAAGGGAUGACCCCGACUUCACAUGGGAGUUUGCUGUUCCUUGUGAAGAGAUGGAUAUGAUAGUGUGUCAUAAAAUUUCUCUAUAG